CCAAUUGGAUUAGAGAUUUUGCAGCUCAGCUGUAUUUAAAGGGGAGCAGUUUGCUCAGUAAAUGGAACUUCUUGAAAGAAAUUCUUCUUUUUGAAGGGAUUUGCUUUUUGACAAGGACGUUCUGCAACAGCAUGAUGAAAUUCGCCAUAUUCCUGUUCUUUGCUGCGUUUAUUCCUGCGAAGUAUGCAAGUGCUCAGACAUGUGUUAUUGAGAAUCUGAUUGAUGAGAAGGUCCAGGCAGCAGUCGAUUCCAAAGUGUCCUCAGCCCUCUCGAAGGUCCAGCUGAUGUGCACAAGCGCAUCUGCAGCUGGUGCUGAUGCUUCCUGCCCUUCAGGGUACCUGGCCACUGGAUGUGCCUGUGGAAUGGCUUGUGGUUCCUGGGAUAUCCGUUCUGAAACUGCCUGCCACUGCCAGUGUGCCAGAAUUGACUGGACUGCUGCCCGCUGCUGCAAAGUGGCCAUUGUUGGCUGAUGUCUCCUCAGCUCCCUGUUGACUCCAGCUUCUAUGCUCAAUAAACAUGCACCUUUAAUUUUCUCA